AUGCCCACUGAGCAUCGGACGACGGACACCGUGCGCGUCCACAUGUGCACACAUCCGCAUCAACGCACCCUUGAACGCUGUGCCGGCACUGUACCGCGCGUUCACAAGCAGCGUCCCGAACCGCUACGCGCCUCGCCCCCAGCGCUCGCCGGCGAAACGACCGAUGCCGGCGCACGAGCACUAUCGUCGCACUAUCCUCCAACGAGAACCCGCGUACACGACAUGAUCAUGCCGCCAGCCGAACACCGCGCGCGCACACAUACACACAUCGACAUCGACAUCGACACACAUAGACGCAUAUCACGAACUCGCACCGAAGAAGCCCUCCUGACGAACGACCUCUCCGCCGCCCAGGAACGCGCGGACUCCGAAACGCGCGCCCGCACGCUUGUCCCUACAGCCUGUACCGUAUUUACCGCACAUGUACACGACCAGCGUCUCGUCGCGAGAUUGGAUACCGAGAUCGCAGACGCCGCUCAAGCGCCACGACGAUGCACCGAUAUGUCCAUACAGUACUUAUCGAUCGAUCCCCCGGCGGCGCGCCCAAGUCCGUCCAAUGCUGUCCAACGCGCGAAGUUCCGGGAGAUAUACCCCCCCCCCUUCUCUCCCACACUCCUUCGAAGAGCAGCGCCUGAUUACGGCGCGGCACGGCACUUGCGUACUAUGACUCACUGCGUGACAGCACGCGCACACACGAUCUCACCGAGCACCGAGCAUCUCUCAGAGAGCACAAAAAACGCGAACGAUCGCGAAGAACUGGAAUUUUCAGCGGGGCAGCCCCGCCCCGCCCGCCCGCGCCUCGAGCGGCAAAGCCGGGGGUGUCCCGCGCGGACGCCGAGUCGCGGUCGCGGUCGUGGGUGA